UUCCACCGAUAACGCAAGGCGAAUGCAAUUUGUUGAAAUGAAGAAAAAACGGGGGACAGAGUUGCAUCGUGCGGCUUGUGCUUAUGGAUGAUAGGGCAGUGGUGGCGGCAGUAAGAGCCAGUGUCCCUCAUUUGCAUAUCGUCGCAAUUGUGGGCAGACAUCCGCGGGACACACCGAGCAGGGUGCACCAAUUCAAACCCCAUGCGAUGACGCCCGCGACGCGUUGAUGAUGACGCACUGAUGAAUCGGUCCGAUCCGUGUGUGUGUGAGUGUGUUACCCAUGACCUUCCGGGCACUUGUCGAAUUCUAGGCCAUCCGAUAGUCUGCAGCUCGUGUGGUAAACGCUAAGCCGUCUGCACCACGAAUCGCAAGCCGUACACGUGCUGCAAAUCGAUCACGUGCCAAUACGAUCCGACCCGUAUACAUUCCAAUUCAAAUGCGGAAGAACCACACACACACACACACACACACUCACCAUCCCGGAAGACAUCUCAUACCGGAAGAUGAGAUGAUGAUCCACCCCCAGUACACCGAAGUGUACGCCCAGGUUCGGGGUUCUAUUCUGUGCCUCAACCACCCCGCAACCAGGUGUGACAAUUGGAACAAAUUAAAAGCAAAUGUACAAUUAAAAUUUCAACGCCUACUACCAGUACAACCAGUAGCGGUGGUAUUGUACGGUGGUUUCCCGCGCCUAAUCGGAACAUUGGCAGUAGGCCAUAAAUUCAAGGAGAGACCGCCGUGUGGAGUAGCUGUGACCGGGAAAACUGGGGACCCGAUGGGGACUGCUAUCGUUCGCUCGCUUGCAGUGCCGUUUUUUGUUUUCGGUUGAUAGUGAACCCACCCCACGCUGGCUGCAUUCCAUUUUCAGGUGCUGUGUAUCGUAAAACAAUAUAAAUAUAAUUAAACGUGACACUCACUCAGUAUACUCGUCAUUGCGUUCGUGUCGAUCGGAUCGGUAGGUUGAGAGGAGGACAGUCGGUUCGCCUGUUGGUGCGAUUCCCUUUUGUUUGGACCGGCAAACGCCAGUGCUUCAUUUCUUCUCUUCGUUCCAUCUUUAGCAGUGUGUGCGGCCCUUAAACGGAGAACGAACAGUAAAGCUCUCGGUAUGAUUUCGCUCAGCUGUAUCGGUGCGUGGAUUGUCCUACUUACGGUCGGAUGUUCCGUAACGCAGGCCGAUGACUCGAAGAUCGUCGGUGGCACGACCGCUAACGAGCGCAUCCCGUACCAGAUCUCGCUCCAGGUGCUGGUCAGCUCGUUCUUUGGCUUUGGGCCGAAGCGCUGGAUGCACAACUGUGGCGGCUCGAUCGUGAACGAGUACUACGUGGUAACGGCCGCCCACUGUCUGGACGGGAUGGACAUUAACCGGAUGUCGAUCGUGGCCGGUACGAACGAUCUGCGGAACGACAGUUCGAAGGGUACGCGCUACUUCCUCGAGUCGUACAUGAUCCAUCCGGACUACAUCGAGCUGAACCGGAGCGACAUCGGCGUGAUGCGCGUGAAGGAGGCGUUCACGUUCAACGAGAACGUGCAGCCGAUCCGCUACUCGUCCGACUUUGUCGGGGGUGGUGUGACGUGCCUGCUGACCGGGUGGGGCUACACCAUGCCGAUCCGUGUCGGAUCGACGCCCAAGGACCUGCAGGAGGCGGAACUGACGACGAUCACGAACGACCAGUGCCGGGAGCGCGGCAUGCCCGUUAACCCGACCGAGAUCUGUACCUUUACCCGCGUUGGGCAGGGUGCUUGCGGGGGUGAUUCCGGUGGUCCGCUGGUGUGCAACAAUCAGCUGUCCGGCGUCGUUUCGUACGGUACGCGGUACUGUGGUAUCGGUGUGCCGGAUGUCUACACGCGCGUGUCGGAGUUUGACUCGUGGAUUCAGGAAAAUACGCAAACCAGCGGUUCUUCCAGCGAUACGCCACCGGCUGGAGAGUCGCAACCUGCCUGAAGUGGCUCACAGAUUUCCAAUCCCUUCGUCCAGGAGUGAAGAUCUCAAAUCAUGCACCCUACUACCCAGCAAACAAAUAAAGAAAAUGUAAUAUAAUAUUUCAAUUUAAAAAACC